CCAAAAACGAUCUGAAUCCAAGGCGGCUAGUCGUAAUGCCAGACAAACGUGGUUUGGCUGUGCAGAAUGUAGAAGAUCUGGACGUUUCAAAACUAACUGCCUUAUCACCGGAGGUCAUCAGUCGUCAGGCUACCAUAAACAUCGGUACUAUAGGCCAUGUCGCCCACGGGAAGACAACAGUUGUGCGUGCAAUUUCCACAGUGCAUACCAUUAGGCACAAAAAUGAGUUGAUCAGGAACAUCACAAUAAAGCUGGGAUAUGCUAAUGCUAAGAUAUACAAAUGCAAUAGUGAAGCAUGCAUACGCCCUGCUUGUUAUCGGUCAUUCGGGAGUGCAACAGAUGAUUCCCUUCCCUGUCCUAGACCAGGAUGUGAUGGAACACUAACAUUGCUGAGGCAUGUUUCGUUUGUGGAUUGUCCAGGUCAUGAUAUUUUAAUGGCAACUAUGUUAAACGGUGCUGCUGUUAUGGACGCAGCAUUAUUGUUGAUAGCCAGCAAUGAGACAUGCCCCCAGCCUCAAACAAGUGAGCACCUCGCUGCUGUAGAGAUCAUGCAGUUGAAAUACAUAAUUAUUCUUCAAAAUAAGAUUGACUUAAUCAAGGAAAGUCAGGCACGCGAACAAUAUUCACAGAUUUUACGUUUUAUCCAGGGUACUGUUGCUCAAGGAGCUCCAGUUGUACCUAUCUCAGCACAAUUGAAGUAUAAUAUUGAUGUUGUUUGUGAUUACAUUGUGAAUCACAUUCCGGUUCCAGUACGGGAUUUUACAUCAGCACCUCGUUUGAUUGUUAUUCGAUCAUUCGAUGUAAACAAACCUGGUUGCGAAGUGGAUGAUCUACAAGGUGGAGUAGCUGGAGGGAGCAUUUUGCGAGGGGUUCUAAAGGUUGGGCAAAAAAUAGAAAUUAGACCAGGUCUCGUUUCAAAAGAUUCGGAGACUGGGGGCGUUACUUGUAGACCCAUUAUUUCAUGUAUUGUGUCACUUUUCGCGGAGCAGAAUGACCUUGCUUAUGCUGUUCCAGGAGGUUUAAUUGGAGUUGGGACAAAAAUCGAUCCACAGUUGUGUCGCGCUGAUCGUUUGGUUGGACAUGUUUUAGGACAGGUUGGCACCUUGCCUGACAUAUAUGUGGAGUUGGAAAUAUCAUUCUUUCUUCUACGACGUUUGUUAGGUGUUCGCACAGAAGGGGACCAAAAAGGUGCUAAGGUCCAAAAGCUUUCUAAAAAUGAAGUUUUGAUGGUGAAUAUCGGGUCUCUUUCUAGUGGUGGAUGUGUUAUAGCUGUUAAAGGUGAUCUAGCCAAAAUACGACUAAAUAGCCCUGUCUGUACUCAAGUUGAUGAAAAAAUCGCAUUAAGCAGGCGUGUUGAAAGACAUUGGCGAUUGAUAGGAUGGGGAGAAAUUCGACGUGGUGUCACAAUCCAGCCCGUCCAGUGAAUACCGACAAACUUCGUUUUGCAUAUGAAGAUGAAGAUCUAUACCUGUCCUGCUCUUCAGAUAUGCAACGUGGUUAUCUUGAAAAGUAAGACAAGAUGUACAAAUGUAGACCAGUGUUGCAAGCAUUGAGUUAUUUUAAACAUGGGUUUGUAUUCUAUCGUAUAUGCGAUCCAAAUAUAAGUAAUGUCGACAAGUUGGAUUAUAUCUUAUUGAAAUGUUGCUUGUCUAAUUUCGAUUUUCCGACUGAAAUGAAGUGAUGCGAUCGCAAUAAUGAAAAGAUCAAAUUUUCAUCAUGGUAUAAAAACAAAUAAUUAAGGCGAAAGUUUCAUACACUGAUCAAAACUUUGGGCACAGCAUAUAAGGUACUGGUCCAAGUGUUGGUGGUCUUACUGUUCGGUUUUGC